AUGUUCCAAGCAACCCUCCUCCUAAUCCCAGCUCUCACCAUCACGAUCUUCAUAGCCCUCACCCACAGCACCCCGGUUAUCAACGACCCUUCCCACACCGCCCAACCCCUCUCCGAAGGUCUCACCGCCCAAGCCACAGCCGAAGGCUACAACGAAUACAUCCCACCCCGCUACGUCGACAUCUGGAUGUACGAAGACACCGUCUGCGGCAAAGACAGCCUCGAGCGGAAACGCCUCCUUAUUCAAGACCUGUUCUACGGCACGGAGCCCGUCCGGGCCGGCUGUUAUAACCUUCUGCCGCAGUAUCGGUCGGCUUGGAUUAAGGCUAUGAGUGCUUUUUGUGAGGUGUAUGCGGUGAGUAGUACGGGCUGUGUGGGAGGGGAGGAGGGAGGGAAGCCGCUGCCGAGUGGGGAGGGGCGUUAUAUGGCUGAGGAGGGGGAGGGGAUUGUGUUGUUUACUGUGUGUAAGUGA